AUGGCUUCGAAGAUUAUUGAUCAAGGCUCACCCCCUGGCUCUCCUCGCAAGAGCACAGAGAGCGUCGCGCAAGACGAGUACGCUGAACCAGUUCAGGUCAAUGGGAUCCGACAGAACCACCAUGAGAUCUACGAAGAAGCCCUACGACGAUAUCCAAACGAUGAUGCUAUUGACUCGGAAGCAGAAAGAAAGUUAGUCCGCAAACUGGACAUGCGCAUUCUCCCUCUCUUAGGCAUCUGCUACUUCUUCUAUUACGUUGAUAAGACGACAUUAUCAUAUGCAGCCAUUUUCGGCCUGAAGGAGGGACUUAACCUACAGGGACAAGAGUAUUCGUGGUUGUCAAGCUGCUUCUAUUUCGGUUGGCUCGUCUGGGCCAUUCCAUCCAACCUGCUGAUGCAGCGCAGCCCGCCAGCAUGGUAUCUGUCAUUUAAUAUCUUCAUGUGGGGGGCACUCCUCAUGGCCCAGGCUGGUGCGCACAAUUUCGCUGGGCUGCUGGCACUUCGGAUCCUAUCUGGUGCUUUCGAAGCCAUUGCCGACCCCGCCUUCAUGCUGAUUACUACAAUGUUCUUUACCCGGGAAGAACAGCCAUCUCGUAUUUCCGCAUGGUAUGCGUGGAACGGUAUCGGCGUCGCCGGUGGAGGGUUGAUUGGAUAUGCAAUCGGACACAUCCAGGGCGCUCUCGCCUCCUGGCGUUAUGAGUUCAUUAUUGUGGGCGCAUUUUGCUCCUUCUGGGCGAUCGUCCUCGUACUGAUGCUUCCAAACUCGCCCACCACGAUCUGGGGAUUUACCAAGGAAGAGAAGCUCAUCAUGAUUGCUCGCCUUCGAAGGAACCAAACUGGUGUUGAGCAAGGAAAAAUCAACUGGAAGCAGAUCCGAGAGGCCUAUUGCGACUACAAGACCUGGCUCUUCACACUCCUUGGCUUCGUUGCCAACAUCCCUAAUGGCGGGAUCUCCAACUUCUCAACUCUUGUUAUCAAAGGACUCGGCUUCAACACGCUAAAUACGGCCCUUCUUGGCAUCCCGCAAGGUGUAAUUGUCGUCAUCUGGAUCGGCCUUGGCGCCUUGGCGAACAAGUACAUGCCUAAGAACAGCCGCACUUUAGUGUGUGCAAUGUUCAUGAUCCCGACCAUCGCUGGGGCUUUGGGGUUCUUGCUUGCGCCUAACAAUGCUUAUGUUGGGCGUCUCAUCUGCUUCUACCUCACCGGAUCAUACCAGGCCUCUUUUGUUAUUUCCCUAUCGUUGAUUACGUCCAAUACUGGCGGACAAUCUAAGAAAAUGAUCGUUUCCGGGAUGAUAUGGUUUGGUGCAUGCAUCGGAAAUAUCGUUAGCCCUUUCUUCUAUCUUACCGAGCAAGCCCCCACAUACCGUCUCGGAAUUGGCUCCUUACUCGUGGCUAAUGUCGUUGAACUCGCUCUCUUCUUCGUCUUCCGUUAUGCUUUCAAAUGGGAGAACAGGCGCAAAGAGAAGAAACGCGCGGAACUACGAGCGGAAGGCAUCUCUACAGAGUCAUUGAACGCCACGGCUUUCACCGACAUGACAGACAAGGAGAACCCAAACUUUGAAUAUGUCUACUAG